AGAAGACUCGCGCGCUCCCGGCUGCUCACUCGCUGUGGGGCCGCGGCGGCUCCUCUGCAGGGUCGCACCCGAGGAAGGGCUUCGAGCGGCGAGUUGGGCUGUCUGCGGACUGACUGACCGACGGGUGGGCAGAGGCGCGGGCCCCGCGUCCGGCGUCUCCCCUUUGCCAGCGCCCGGCCGCGCUAUGGCCUCUUCCCCGGGCUCGGGCAGCGCCAACCCGCGGAAGUUCAGUGAGAAGAUCGCGCUGCACACGCAACGGCAGGCCGAGGAGACGCGGGCCUUCGAGCAGCUCAUGACCGACCUCACCCUGUCGCGGGUUCAAUUUCAGAAGCUUCAGCAACUGCGCCUGACACAGUACCAUGGCGGAUCCUUACCAAAUGUGAGCCAGCUGCGGAGCAGUGCCUCGGAGUUUCAGCCAUCCUUCCACCAGGCGGACAGUGUGCGGGGGACCCGCCAUCACGGGCUGGUGGAGAGGCCCUCGAGGACCCGCUUCCACCCCCUCCACCGACGGCCUGCAGACAAGCCGGGGCGACAAUUUGACGGUAGUUCUUUCGGAGCCAAUUACUCCUCACAGCCCCUGGAUGAGAGCUGGCCAAGGCAUCAUCCUCCUUGGAAAGAAGAAAAGCAUCCUGGCUUCAGGCUAACAUCUGCACUUAACAGGACCAAUUCUGAUUCUGCUCUUCACACAAGUGCUCUCAGCACCAAGCCUCAGGACCCCUAUGGAGGAGGCGGCCAGUCAGCCUGGCCAGCCCCAUACACAGGUUUCUCUGAUGGUGAGCAUGACGGACGUGGGGAAGCGGUAUCUUUCCCAGGCCCGGGCCAGGGCCCGAUGAAAGAAGAGAAUCUGUUAAACGUUCCCAAGCCACUGCCGAAACAACUGUGGGAGACCAAGGAGACUCAGUCCCUGUCGGGGCGCCCUCGAUCCUGUGAUGUUGGAGGCGGCAACACUUUUCCACACAACAGUCAAAACAUAGGCCUCUCACCCUUUCUGGGGACCCUGAACACUGGAGGGUCACUCCCUGAUCUGACCAACCUGCACUACUCAACGCCCCUGCCAGCCACCCUGGACGCCGGUGACCACCUCUUCGGUAGCAUGAACACAGGGAACAGUGUGGGCAACCUUCCUGCUGCUAUGACUCACCUGGGCAUAAGAGGCUCUUCUGGUCUCCAGAGUUCCCGGAGUAACCCUUCCAUCCAGGCCACGCUCAAUAAGACAGCACUUUCCUCCUCCCUGAACAGCAGCCCGCAGACACCUGCCCCCAGUGCCUCUGCUCUCCACCCUUCACUUCGUCUGUUUUCCCUUAGCAACCCAUCUCUUCCCACCGCAAACCUGAGUGGCCCCUCUCGGCGCCGGCAGACGCCCGUCAGCCCUCUCACGCUGUCUCCUGGCCCUGAAGCACAUCAGGGUUUCAGCAGACAGCUCUCUUCGACCAGCCCACUGAACCCAUAUCCUGCCUCGCAGAUGGCAUCCUCUGAUCGAAGCCCACUUUCCUACCUGCCGGCAGAAGCUCAGACUCCACUGUCCCCACCUCCUCCUUACCCCACACCCCAGGAGCUCCCCCAGCCUCUCCUGCAGCAGCAGCACCGCGCCCAGGAGGCCCCCGCUCAGCAGCCACAGGCAGCCCCGUCGCUGCCACAGCCAGACUUCCAGCUCCUGGCGGACCAGGGCUCCUCUAUGACCAACUUCUUCCCAGAUGUGAGCUUUGACCAGCAGUCCUUGAGGCCAGGCCCAGCCUUUACUCAGCAGGUGCCUCUGGUGCAGCAAGGUCCCCAAGAACCACAGGAUUCAUUUAAUUUGAGACCAAACCUGUAUUCCAACUGUGGGAAUUUCGCAAGCAAUGUCUUGACAGAAGAUUCCAAUUCCAGCCUAUUCAAAGACCUCAGCAGUGCGCUGGCGGUCAUGCCUGAGGUCAACCUGAACAUGGACACUCCAUUUCCAUUGGAAGAAGAGCUCCAGAUUGAACCCCUGAGCCUGGACGGACUCAACAUGCUAAGUGACUCCAGCAUGGGCCUGCUUGACCCCUCUGUUGAAGAGACGUUUCGAGCUGAUCGACUGUGAACGGCAUGGAACAGAAUAAUAGGACUUACGCCUAAAAUAGCUAAAAUAGAACGGAAUACAAUGGAGCCGCUACACCCCUGGGCUUUAGUUAUCUUGGGCUUCUGACACGGGAAGAACCAAUUCUACGGCUCCGGGCUUUCCGUCGAGGUCCAUUCUCAUUAACUGUGGCUUGUUGUAGACCACAGAACUAUGCACUGCCUAGGCCUGCAGGUUUUGUGGCUGCAGGCAGGCUGGUUCUGAGCUUCCAAAGAGGUGGUCCUCACCAGAACCAUCACAUCCUUUUGUCUUCUGUCCAGUCGGUCAGUGUGUAAACAUAGCCAAUACCAUGGGACGGAGGGCCCAGUAGCCCUUUGUGGUGCUCGGAACCACUGACCUCAGUCAACACUGAAGAAAGGACCUGGCUAGUGUGGGCGGCACUUAGGGCCACAGGCCUGCAGGGGUGGCUCAGUGCUGAGCAGCGGUACCGCCGCACCACAUGCCUUCUCUGAUCUAGCUGUCGCGCCUGGGCCCCUGCCAGCUGGUGGCAGGGGUCUUCCGGGCAGCACAGGCAGCCACUGUGCCCUCACCCUCAGAUGCCUUAAUUCUAAUAUGAAGAAGAAUAUGCACCAUGAGUCCAAGAACAGACUUGAGUUAAGCAAGCUGAGCGGUAAUUUGUUUUCUUCCCAGUUAUAAUCUCUUCUGCUGCUCCAGUUCGCCUUUUCCUAUGGACAGGAGGAAAAGGAAGACUCUUUUACUCAGUCACUGAAAAAAGUCCCCUGCUAAUGGAUGAGCCUGAAGAGAAAGACCAGUGCUUCUUGGUGGCUGUGGAAGAAAGAAGGGGCCUGACUGCAUCCCGCACACACGCAGCGUUCUUUGGACCCGCGCUGGGCCGCUGCGGACAUGCGCAGGCCUCCCUCUGGACGUGCCACCGGGAGGGAGCGGCUGGAGGCCGGAAUCAGACUCAGCCAUCAGCUGAGCGGAGCUCUUUCUCUGUGGAACGGGAGUGUUAAUGUAACUCCCCUGGACCCUAAGCUCCUUGAGGGCAGGCAGGGACUGUGCCUUAUUCAUCAUGGAACCCCUCGUACCAACAAGUGCCUGGCACUGAACGGGUGCUCUGUCACUGCAUGUUGAAUGCAUGAACGGGCGUACGCACGGACGAACCUGUGAGAGAAUGCAUGGAUGGAUGCGUGAAUGAAUCAAGCUGCCUGCUCUGAGGCAGUCUAAUCUUUAGCUCUUCUCUUCCUUGCCAAAUUUUCUCAGAGCUGUAGCUUUUCUGACACUUGUGCCUGUGGUUAAGUCAAGCAUGCACUUUAAUAUGCUUUUAACACUAGGUGACCAAACCCACCGUUAGACUGGGCACCUACCUGUCCUUGAAGCUGUGCUCCGCAGCAGGUGGGUGCGAGCCGUCUCCUGAGGGUGCUCAGAGUGGCCGAGCCAGCAGAGGCCUCCCAGGGGCCUCAGGGGUCCUGGCAGGCCCCACCUCAAAGUUCUUCCCUCCCAGAUCCAUAUUUUGCUCUAAAUUGCUUUAAAAUAGACAUUCAUUCUUUGAAGUUGAAGAAAUUCCGUAGUAAAAUGAAGGCCUGAUUCAGGAAAUUAUCACUAGUUAUUAAUACCUUAGCAUAAAAUAGUAUUGCCAUAUUUCCACCACUGCCU